AUGGCUAUAGUUUUAAGAUUUGUCGACAAAGAUGGUUUUGUGCGGGAACGUUUUUUUGGGCUUGUUCAUGUCGCUAAUACUGCGGCACUAACCCUACAAAAGGGUAUAUAUUUUGUAUUGUCUCAACAUAAAUUAGCCAUUGAAAAUAUUCGAGGGCAAGGAUAUGACGGCGCAAGCAACAUGCGAGAAUUGCGAAUUUCUCAAACUGCUGAAAUUGCUUACCUGAUUGAAAUUAAUGAGAUUGAGAGUGGAAGGGGACUUAAUCAAAUUAAUACUUUACAACGGGCUGGAGAUACUCGUUGGAGUUCUCACUUGAGAUCAGUUUCUAGCUUGAUCAAAAUUUUUAGUCCAGUUUGUGAAGUUAUUCUUAAAAUCAUUGAUGUGAGAACUACUUCUUCCCAACGAGCAGAAGCAGAUUCAGUUUAUCAAGUAAUGACUUCAUUUGAAUUUGUUUUCAUCUUGCAUCUCAUGAAAGAAACGAUGCAGAUUACUGAUCAUCUAUGUCAAGAAUUGCAAUCAAAAUCUCAAGACAUUUUAAGUGCCAUGAAUCUUGUUUCAUCUACUAAAGCAUAUAUCCAACAAUAUAGAGAUGAUAAAUGGGAUGAUUUACUUACCAAUGUGAAGUCAUUUUGCGAGAAACGCAGUAUAGAUAUCCUAGAUAUGAAUGCCCGUUAUGUUGAGAGGCGAGGUCGAGCUCGCCAUCAACAAGCCGACUUUACAAUCGAGCAACAUUAUCGAGUGGAUAUUUUUUGCGCCUCUAUAGAUUCUCAAUUGCAAGAAUUAAAUCGCCGAUUUAGUGAGCAUGCAGUGGAGUUGCUUAUUCUCAGCUCAGCUCUUGAUCCUCGAGCUGCACGUGAAUCUUUUAGAAUUGAUGAUAUUUGUCAGUUGGUAAACAAGUUUUAUCCGCAAGAUUUUACUGAUCUUGAAAAGGAACAGUUGGAAAUAUAA